UCCCACCCCCAUUCUCUCUCUCUCUGAAACCACAUCCACCACCAUGUUCAAUCUCUUCUUCACAUCCCUUUAACACAUAUCCCAAAGCCCCAAAAUUCACCCUCUCUCUAGUUUCUCUCUCCAAAGAUUACAGCACAAAAAUGGCGUCCCUCACUCCUGGAAUCCUCCUGAAACUCCUUCAGUCCAUGAACUCGAACACCCGGGUCACCGGCGACCACCGGUCCCCACUUCUUCAGGUCAUCGGAAUUCUCCCUGCCCUUUCCAAUCCCAACUCGCUCUACCCCAACCACGGGUUCUAUCUCCAACUCUCCGACUCCCUUAACUCCACUUACGCCUCUCUCUCUGACAAAGACACCGAUUUGAUCCUCACCAACCGCCUCCAACUCGGUCAAUUCGCAUACGUUGACCGCCUCGAGUUCGAUUCCCCUGUCCCAACUGUUGUCAACAUUCGACCCAUCGCCGGCCGCCACCAAUUCAUCGGAUCGCCGGAGCCCCUCAUUGCCCGCAUAUCACCCACCAAGCGUGAGUUUAUAAUUCAACCCGUGUCGGAUUCAGAUCAAUCCAAUGACCCAAUUGCCGCCUAUUUAUCAAACAAGAAACACCCAGAUGGGCAGAACGAUGUUCGGCAGAAGAAAAGUGAGGUCAGGACUAGACAAGUCCUUGCGCCAAGAGAUAAUAAUGGGAAUGUAAAUUUGUCGGAUGAAUCGAAGAGUGGUGGGUUGGACAAGGAAAAGCCUUCUCAGAGAUUCUGUUCGCCGGUGCCGGUGAGGAAUCAGAGGUCGGUAUCGGCAGGGAAGAAGAAUCCGGUAACGGUGGCGGAACUGGACCCAUCCCCGGCAGGGAAAAAGAGGUCGUCGUCACCAGCGCCGUCCAAGUGUGUGGUUCCGAGCUUAGUGGCAGCUAAGGAGGAAAACCGGAAGACGGCAAAAGAGCCGGCGAUUAUAGUGCCGUCAAGGUACCGGCAGCCAAGUCCGAACGGGAGGAAACAGGCGAGUCCGAGUACGAGGAGGAUGUCGUUGUCACCUGGCCGGAGGUUGUCGAGUGGACUUAAAGUUUCGCCUGUCGUUGGGGCGGUGGAUUCGGUCGGGAGGAAGAAGAUGGCCACCAUUGUUGCUGGGAUUUCGAAGGUUUCCGAGGCUCUUGUUGGGUCUGGAAAGAGUAAUAGGAAGAGUUGGGAUGAGUCGCCAGGCGUGGCGGGUGGUUCUGUGGAGCAGAAAGAGAAGGGUGGUGCAAAGAAUAAGCCUGAUUUGCAAGCAAUUUUGAGGACUCAGGCUGCUAUUGCUAGGCGUUUAAGUGAUGUGAAUGGCCGACAACCGAGUCAGGAUGAUUCUAACACCAAAGAAAAAUCAAAAUCUAGCUUAGCUGAAAGCAGUCUGGCGCCUGAGAAGCCAACCUAUGCAGCUCCAGGAAUUACUGUUCAUGAGAAGAAAUGGACAGAUGGCAGUGUUCCCCUGGAUGCAGUCUCUUCGGACCUUGCGAAGCUUGGGAAGGAGGCCAUGCUUAGGAGGCUUAUUGCUGCAGCAGCGGCAGCUGAAGCAUUGGAAGAAGCAAUUGCCACUGAGUCUAUUGUAAGGAAUUUGAGCAUGUUUUCGGAGCUCUGUGCUACAUCAAGGGCUGGAAAUCCUUUGCCCACUAUUGACAAAUUUAUGUCAAUUUACGACAAUGUUGUGAAAUUAACAGCCGCCACUGCUGAAUCAAUUGCCACCAACCGCAUUUCCAACACCCCCCUUGCUAGUGCCCCAACCAAUUCAAAAUUUUCUAUUUGGGUUGAAGCUGCUCUGGCCACUGAUCUUGAGGUUGUAUCCCUCUUGACCAGCGAAAACAUUGAGCCUCCACAGGCAUUGCAGAAAUGUUCAUCAAAACGACAGUCCCACAAUGCACCCGCCAAGAAUAUUGUGUUGGCUUCUUCAUCACUAGAUGGGACCUGGACAAGAGGUCACGGAAUGAAUGAGACACUAAAACUUGCAACGAAUUUGCAGUCAGAGAUGCAAAUAUGGUUCUUGCGGUUUGUUGAGCAAUCCCUUGAUGCAGGUUUUCAAGUAUUUGAUAAGUGUACUACUAGCAAUAGUGCUUUGCAUUGUGGCCCAAUUUUAUCGCAGUUGAAGCGAGUCAACAGCUGGUUGGAUCGUGUGGUUGAAAAAGGGGAUGAGCUUCUGACUGAAAAGAUCGAGCGCUUGAAGAGCAAGAUCUUUGGAUUUGUUAUUCAGCAUGUUGGAACAACUGUAGAGAACUCCAUGCCCAUUUGAUCAUCUUGAUGUGAAUUUAAAACCAGACAAUUUGAUUGUGAAAAACAGGUUUGUUUCAUUUUAACUAUAAAAAUAUGAUUGAUUCAUUGUUUUUUGGAACUGCAAAUUCAAUGAAGUGGGAC